AGCCGAUGUUGCAUGGAAACGAAGAGAUUGGUGUGGUGUGCGAUCGAGUUUCAAUAAUUUCUUUCCAAGCUCAUGCUUGAAAUACGUACCGGGUCUAAGUAACCGUCGGCGUUCUAACGAAAGCAACAACAAGAGACAGCGCCUCUCCUACGAGAGACAGAGAGAGAACGUGGUGGCGCUCAGAGCUGUCUUCGUGUGUACUCUCGGGAUCGAUACACAGUACACACUUGGCGCGACGUUCGUGUAAGGUUACGGUUUGUACGGGAUCGCAUGCGGGUGUGUAUAGCAGCCUCUUUCCACGCUUGUCUCUCGCGGCGUCGUCGUUUCGUUGUAUUACGUGUCUCCUCUUUACGUGCAUGUUCCCUAACAACGAGGGUGGACUUUUGGUCUAGCUACGAGACAAAAUUCAAAGAAAUCGAGAAGUAUACGCGCCGUACUAUGCGGGCACCUCGUGAAACGCACCCUCUCUCAAGGCUAUCGCGCCGGCAACCGAUCCUGAAAAGAAACGCAUGAAAAUGACAAGAACAUUACAGCGCUUGCAUAAGGUUCCUUGCAUUUUCUACCAUUAAAUAUUCUAUGGAAUAAGUCCACCAUAAGCUUGUAGGCAGCUCUCGUAGCAUGUCUUGACGAGUAGGAGAGGCUCUUCAACGGGGUUUUCGGCAGACAAGGGUUCUCCAAAAUGGCGGGCGGUCAGCAGCUUCCCGAACAGUACACGGUACCGCAGCUCGCUAGGGUCUUCCACAGCCUGCCGCACCUCAACGUCUCUCUCCACUCGGUCAAUAACACCUUUAAUCCACAUUCCGAAAUCUAUCUCGAGAGUCUCGGGAUACUUGGAAGUAUCCCUGCAGCCUGGUUAAUCCUGACGUUGCUGGUGCUCCUGGUUUACCUGGUAACGAGAUGCUGCGACCGGAAGCCGCGCCCCAGGAGGUCGAUAACCCUGCUGAAGUGUUCGUUGGCCAUCCUGGCGUUGCUUUGCAGCGGAGCUGUUGCCGUCGGCCUCUACGGUAACGACGACGUACACAACGGUUUGAUGCAAUUGGUGGCCGCCGCAAAGAACGUCGAUGGUAUUCUCAUGGGUGUACGGAAUCAGACCGACACCAUCGAGACGACAUUGAGGAAAAAGGUGCAGCUACAGUUGACUGCCUUGGGAGACGAUUUCGAUGCCCCCGUCAGCAAUAAAACCAUGCUCGGUCUGCUGUUGGCCGCUCUGCAAAGCAUGAAGCAAAACACGAACAUCGCCGUGAACCGGAGCUUCGAAAUUCGAAAACCGUUGAGCGGAAUCAGCUUGGCUGGCGCGAUCGGGAUGGGAGAGAAGAUAGAGCAAUUAAGGUGGCCCGUCACCAUGGCCGUUCUCAGCGCGCUACUCGUCCUCUGUGUGGUGCUGAUCGUUGGAGUUGCGCGACAUUCCAGAUGCGUUCUCAUAACAUUUUCCGUGUUUGGAUUAUUUGCGGUGAUAGUCUCGUGGUUGAUGGCUUCGCUGUAUCUCGCAACUUCAGUGGCCUUAGGUGAUCUCUGCGUGUCCCCAGACGGUUACCUAACCAGAGCGGUACCGGCCACUCUAGCCUCUGAGGUUCUUUCCUAUUACACGCACUGUGAGAACACGCGCAAUAAUCCAUUCAGCCAGAGAUUAAACGACGGUCAAAUCGCGGCAAACAACAUGAGAGACAACAUGAGUACCGUGACCAGGUUGGCACUGGAACUAUUCAAGGAACAACAAUUGCAGCCGAAAUUGACCAGCCUUUCGAUCGACGUGAACACCGUAAACAAGCUCAUGUCGGGAUUAACGACGUUACUUGAUUGCAAGCCUCUUCACAAACAAUACGUUCAUGCUGCGAAGAGCUUAUGUCAUUUAGGAUUAUACGGACUAACUUUCAUGCUGUUGGCGAGCUUAGUCGCGGGACUGUUCUUCACAGUGCUAGUUUGGGUAGACUCGCACACUUGGAUCUAUAUUCGAAAACGAAGAGAUUACCAUCAAGUCGAUGAGCAGGACCCGUAUCUACCGCCAUCGGCAGCUUCGCAGGCGAUAGCAGCGCGGACCCUUCGAGGCCAAGGGUCGUACCCGCCUACAGCCCCUUCUGUAUUUUAUCCGAAUGCUCAUGGCACUCAAAAUACCAUUAAGCAGCCUCUCUUGCUAACGCCGCCCCCGCCGUCCUACGCUACUGCGACUGCUCGAGCACGUCAGCUGCACGAGAGCAUGCUAAAAGGUGGGGGUAUUAACGGGAGCGGAGGAGGCGGGGAUCACAAAUCGUCUCAGCAUAAUCAGCAAUCGACAGGUGGACGAGCUGAGCACCGUUCUGGGCUCGGAGAUCAACCUGGCCAGUACGCGACUUUGAGCAAACAGUGCAAGACCCUCGAGUCAAGUGACUUUUACUGAGGGCACGCCCCCGCAGGGCCCGGUAGAGAACCACCUUGGACACCAAGCGUGGCGUCCUUCACCGGUACCCUGUCUCACAACUCUCACGGACCUGCUCAUCUGGCCACGUUCCAAGACUCUCGCAAAACACAGACUCUAGACCCGAAGAAUCUAGCGAAUCUAAAAAGAGGCCCGACUCCAGCUUGGAAUCAGAAUCGCCCGUUGCCACCAAAUCCCAGCAGUCAACCGACCUGGGAGUUCGAGUCUCGUUCGCAGACCAAUAUGAAUCAGUUUCGAUCCCUGGUACGAAACAAGACGCCAAACAUUCGGAUUCAAGACCAAA